UCGUCUCUAAUGUAAUAGUUAACAUGUCGGCUAUACUAAACUCUACGGUUCAGGCCGUUAACACUACGCAAUUUACUUUUCAAGCUGUGGACUACAUAGUAUUUGCUUUAACACUUUGCGUAUCCGCGGGCAUUGGCGUCUACUUUGGUUUCUUUGAUAAGAGUGCCGAUACUACAGAUGAAUAUCUUAUGGGUGGCAAGCGCAUGAAGACUCUGCCUAUAGCUAUAUCCUUGGUGGCGAGUCAAUUGUCCGCCAUUUCGAUUAUGAGCAUUCCGGCGGAGAUGUAUGCCUAUGGCAUCAACUGGUACUUCAAUGUGGUAUCCAUGCUGGUUGUUAUACCCGUUCUGAAUUAUGUUAUAGUGCCCGUUUUCUAUAACAAUAAUAUAACAAAUUGUUAUGAGUAUUUGGAAAUGCGUUUUAAUCGUGCUACACGCCAAAUUCAAACCAUAAUCUUUGUCUUGACCAUAUUUUUUAUGCUGCCAAUUUGGAUAUUUAUGCCUUCGUUGGCGUUUGCACAAGUCACUGGCUUCAAUGUGCACACUAUCAAUGCAAUUGUCUGCGGCAUUUGCAUCUUCUAUACAAUGAUUGGCGGCAUUAAAGCUGUUGUCUGGACAGAUGUCAUACAAGCAGCCGUUAUGGUUGUCUCUGUAGUGCUCGUGGGUGUGCUAGGAGCUCAGCGUUUGGGCCUGUCUGAGGUGCUGCGCAUUGCUGACGAGGGCGGACGCCUGGAUAUUGACUAUACCUUAGAUAUAAAAACAAGAGCUACCAUGUGGAAUACCUUAACAGCGGCUUUUAUAGCCUGGUCGGGUUAUGUGGGUCUUAACCAGAGCUGUGUGCAACGCAUUGUGUCGCUACCUUCUUUAGCACAUGCGCGCAGAUCACUUGUGUUUUUCGGCUUGGGCUUCUUUCUUAUAAUCUCGUUCAAUUGCUUUACGGGCAUUGUUAUGUAUGCACGCUAUCAUGACUGCGAUCCGCUCAUCCAAGGUGUGGUCAGCAAACUGGACAAGAUGGUGCCCUAUUUAGUGCAGGAUGUUGUGGGUCAUUUGUCAGGCAUGCCUGGUGUAUUCAUAUCCUGUGUGUUUAGUGCUGCGCUCAGCACACUCUCCGCCAGCAUUAAUUCGCUGAGUGGCAUUGUCUAUUUCGAUUAUAUCAAGCCGCGCAUCGAGCACACGGAGCACAAGGCGAAUAUUAUAAUGAAGCUGUUUGUGCUGCUCACUGGUGUUUAUUGCGUGCUUGCUGGAUUUUUUGUGGAAAGAUUAAGUUCCAUACUGCAGAUUGUCUUCUCAAUUGUGGGCGUUAGCUAUGGCGCUUUGACUGGCGUCUUUCUGCUGGGCAUGCUCAUACCAAGAGCACAUGGUCGCGCUGCUUUGAUUGGCAUUGUUGUUAGCCUGAGCUGCAUGAUUGUUAUACUGAUCUGCAGUUGGGGACGCAAUCAGUAUCCCUUUCUGCCCAGCAGCGUGGACAACUGUCCAAGUCUAAAUGCCAGCCUGGAUGUCACCAGCACAUUAGCAAGCUUGAUUAACACAACAACAACUGCAGCAACAACAUUAGACGAAACAACAUUUAACAUCUUAGAUUUAUCAUUCAAUUGGUAUUCAGUCUUGGGCUUUAUUCUUAUGUGGCUUGUGGGUGUGCCGCUGAGUUAUCUUUUGAAGCCUGCGCCAGAUGCUAACUUUGAUGCCAAGCUGUUGUCGCCCAUCAUUAAACCAUUUUUGAACUAUGAGCUGGCGCCGAGCAGAGAACUUGACGAGCUUAAAUUCAUUAAACAAAAAGUACAAUAG